GCAUCAAGACUGGGUCUCCGCGUAAGUUGAGACGAGAUUUACUUGAAACUGCGGAACAGAAAAGACCCUCCAUUGUGGCUGGGAGUGCGACUCAAUUGAUGUUAUAGUGAACCAAGAAGACAGAAAGAAGGGCUGGAGAGCGAAAUAAAUCCAGACCGUACGCACUGAGAGACGUGAGCCGUGCCACAAAGGAAGAAAGAGAGAGAGAGAGAGAGAGGGACGGAUUAGACGGAGAGAUCAUUCAGCAAGAUGUCUGGGGCUUCUGUCAAAGUGGCCGUUCGGGUGAGACCCUUCAACACUCGGGAGAUCAAUAAGGACUCGAAAUGCAUCAUCCAAAUGCAAGGGAACAGCACCAUUAUUCUUAACCCGAAGAAUCCAAAGGACUCCCCAAAGAGCUUCAGCUUCGAUUAUUCCUAUUGGUCCCAUACCUCGGCAGAAGACCCCUGCUUUGCCUCUCAGAACCAGGUGUACAAUGACAUCGGCAAAGAGAUGCUGCAGCACUCCUUUGAAGGUUACAACGUGUGCAUUUUUGCCUACGGACAGACUGGAUCAGGGAAAUCCUACACAAUGAUGGGAAAGCAGGAGAAAGACCAUCAGGGAAUAAUCCCACAGCUUUGCGAAGAUCUGUUUGAAAAAAUCAACGACAACAGCAACGCUGACAUGUCCUAUUCUGUGGAGGUCAGUUACAUGGAGAUCUAUUGCGAAAGGGUUCGAGAUCUCCUGAACCCGAAGAACAAAGGAAACCUGCGUGUCCGAGAGCACCCGCUGCUGGGACCUUACGUGGAAGAUCUCUCCAAACUGGCUGUGACGUCCUAUACAGACAUCGCUGACCUCAUGGAUGCAGGAAACAAAGCCAGGACCGUAGCAGCGACAAACAUGAAUGAGACCAGUAGCAGAUCCCACGCUGUGUUCACAAUAGUUUUUACUCAGAAGAGACACGACGUGGAGACCGAUCUCUGCACAGAGAAGGUCAGCAAAAUCAGCCUCGUGGAUCUGGCUGGCAGCGAACGAGCUGAUUCCACAGGGGCCAAAGGAACCAGGUUAAAGGAAGGAGCGAAUAUUAACAAGUCCCUCACCACGUUAGGAAAAGUCAUCUCCGCUCUUGCAGAAGUGGAUAACGCCCCCAGUAAGAGUAAGAAGAAAAAGAAGUCCGAUUUUAUUCCGUACAGAGACUCGGUCCUAACAUGGCUCCUGCGGGAGAAUCUGGGUGGAAAUUCACGGACAGCUAUGGUUGCUGCUCUCAGCCCGGCUGACAUCAACUACGAUGAAACUCUCAGCACUUUAAGGUAUGCGGACCGCGCAAAGCAGAUCAAGUGCAACGCAGUGGUUAACGAGGAUCCCAACGCCAAACUCAUCCGUGAACUGAAGGACGAAGUGACGAGACUGAAAGACCUGCUGCGUUCUCAGGGCCUCGGCGACAUCUUGGAGAUUGAAGCAGUAGAUGAUGAGUGUCCUGGGAAUGGAAGCAAAUAUUUGAAAGACAUACAGAACAGUAACCAUAGGUACAAACUAGCUUCUGGAAAUCAAAGGCCUGGCCAUUUCUCCACAGCACCAGUGGGUUCACUGACCUCCUCUCCAUCCUUAUCCUCUCUGAGCGGCCAACCAGGUCUGCAGUCAGUCACCAGCCUGCAGGAGAGAAUAAUGUCCACGCCAGGUGGCGAAGAAGCUAUUGAACGCUUAAAGGAAUCCGAAAAAAUCAUCGCUGAGCUGAACGAGACGUGGGAGGAAAAGCUUCGGAAAACCGAGGCCAUCAGGAUGGAGAGAGAGGCGCUUUUGGCUGAAAUGGGGGUUGCUAUAAGAGAAGAUGGUGGUACCUUGGGAGUUUUCUCACCAAAAAAGACGCCACAUCUGGUGAACCUUAAUGAGGAUCCACUGAUGUCAGAAUGUCUCCUGUACUAUAUCAAAGAUGGCAUCACAAGGGUUGGCCAAGCGGACGCCGAGAGACGUCAGGAUAUUGUCCUCAGCGGGGCGCACAUCAAAGAGGAGCACUGCAGCUUCAGGAGCGACAAGAUUCAGAACGGAGAAGUUAUUGUCACUCUGGUCCCCUGCGAAGCGUCGGAAACGUACGUGAACGGCAAGAGAGUCACCACGCCAGUGAAACUGCGUUCAGGCAACCGCAUUAUCAUGGGCAAGAAUCACGUGUUCCGAUUCACUCACCCCGAGCAGGCCCGAGCGGAGCGGGAGAAAACACCUUCCGCAGAAACCCCGGUGGAGCCCGUGGACUGGGCAUUUGCUCAGAGGGAACUUCUGGAGAAGCAGGGGAUAGACAUGAAACAAGAGAUGGAGAAAAGGCUUCAGGAAAUGGAGAUCCUGUACAAGAAAGAAAAGGAGGAGGCCGACCUUCUGCUGGAACAACAGCGCCUGGACUACGAGAGUAAGCUGGAGGCCUUGCAGAAGCAAGUGGAAACUCGCUCGCUGGCUGCCGAGACCACAGAGGAAGAGGAGGAAGAAGAGGAAGAAGAAGUGCCUUGGACGCAGCGGGAGUGUGACUUGGCUCGAUGGGCCUACAGGAAGUGGAGGUACCACCAGUUCACAUCUUUGCGAGACCAGCUUUGGGGAAGCGCCGUCUACCUGAAGGAGGCCAACGCCAUUAGCGUUGAGCUGAAGAAAAAGGUCCAAUUCCAGUUUGUGCUCCUGACGGACACCCUGUAUUCCCCACUUCCCCCUGAACUGCUCCCUCUCGAGGCAGAAAAAGACCUCGAUGUCCGUCUGUUCCCCAGGACUGUUGUGGCCGUAGAGGUGCAGGAUCUGAAAAACGGUGCAACGCAUUAUUGGUCCUUGGAGAAACUCAAACAAAGGUUGGAACUGAUGCGGGAGAUGUAUGACAGGGCCGGAGAAAUGGCAUCCAGCACUCAAGACGACGGUGAGAAUGUGAUGACAGGCAAUGACCCGUUCUACGACCGCUUUCAUUGGUUUAAGCUGGUGGGAAGUUCCCCAAUUUUCCACGGCUGUGUGAACGAGCACCUUGCCGAUCGCACACCCUCGCCUACCUUCUCCACCGCUGACUCGGACAUCACCGAGCUGGCCGACGAGCAGCAGGACGAGAUCGAGGACCUGGAGGACGAGGCUUUCGGGGACGACACGGGUUCCGACCUGGGCAACGAAGAGGGCUCGGACAUCUUCAGCGACGGACAGGACCCGUUUUACGACCGAUCUCCCUGGUUCAUUUUAGUGGGAAGAGCCUUUGUGUAUCUCAGUAAUCUCUUGUAUCCCGUACCCCUGGUCCACAAGAUUGCCAUCGUCAGCGAGAAGGGGGAGGUGCGAGGGUUUCUGCGUGUGGCUGUGCAAGCCAUCACAGCCGAUGAGGAGGCACCAGACUACGGAUCCGGCGUUCGUCAGUCUGGCACCGCUAAGAUUUCGUUUGACGAUGAGUACUUUAAACAAAGCAACUUUUCGUCUGUGGUCAUGACUCGCUCGGGACUCUCUCUGGAGGAGCUGAGGAUCGUGGAGGGUCAGGGUCAGAGUUCAGACGUGAACACUCCCUCGGAGGAAAUGAACCGCAUCGAAGAGUUGGGUUUGAAAUCGGGUUCGGAGAUGGACACGAAACUGUCCGGCGAUGAGAUCUCGGACGAACACGUGGAGCACCUGAAGCUCGGCAGCAUUUUCACUUUCCGAGUCACGGUCCUCCAGGCCAGCGGUAUCCCGGCAGAGUACGCCGACAUCUUCUGCCAAUUCAACUUUCUCCAUCGUCACGACGAGGCCUUCUCCACCGAGCCCCUGAAGAACAGCGGUCGCGGGACCCCUCUAGGUUUCUACCACGUACAGAAUGUUGCUGUGGAAGUCACGGAAUCGUUCACCGAGUACAUCAAGACAAAGCCGAUCGUGUUUGAAGUGUUUGGCCACUAUCAGCAGCACCCUCUGCAUUACCUCGGACAGGAUCUCGUCAGCCCACCACAACCUACUCGGAAAUACUUCCCCCCUCCAAUGCCGCUCUCAAAGCCAGUGCCAGCCACCAAGCUGAACGCCAUGAGCAAAUCUAGUCUGGGUCAGUGUGUCAGCAAAUAUGACUUGCUUGUGUGGUUUGAGAUCAGUGAACUGGAGUCCACAGGAGAGUAUAUCCCAGCUGUCGUGGACCACAGCGGAGGUCUUCCUUGUCAAGGCACUUACCUGCUCCACCAGGGAAUUCAGCGUAGGAUCACGGUUACAAUCGUGCACGAAAAGGGCAGCGAACUCCAUUGGAAGGAUGUUCGGGAGCUUGUCGUCGGUCGCAUCCGGAACAAGCCUGAGGUGGACGAGACCGCCGUCGAUGCUGUUUUGUCUCUGAAUAUAAUCUCCGCCAAACACGUCAAGGCUUCGAGUGACGCUCACAGAAGCUUUUAUCGGUUCGAGGCCGUUUGGGACAGCUCGCUGCAUAACUCCCUCUUGCUAAACCGGGUGACUCCCUACGGUGAGAGGAUCUACAUGACUCUUUCUGCGUACCUGGAGCUCGACCAUUGCAUCCAGCCCGCCAUCAUCACCAAGGACAUCUGUAUGGUCUUCUACUCCCGGGACGCCAAGAUCUCAGCUCCCCGCUCCCUCCGCAACCUGUUUGGCAGCGGCUACUCGAAGACACCCGAUUGCAACCGAAUAAGCGGCAUCUAUGAGCUGAGUCUGUGCAAAAUAGCGAACACUGGAAGCCCUGGAAUGCAGAGGAGGAGAAGGAAAAUCCUGGAUACGUCCGUUGCCUACGUGCGAGGAGAAGAGAAUCUCGCGGGAUGGAGACCUCGUGGGGACAGCCUCAUCCUCGAGCACCAGUGGGAACUGGAGAAGCUGGAUCUCCUGCAUGAGGUCGAGAGGACACGUCACUUGCUGCUGCUACGUGAGAAACUGAGCGAGACGGUCCCCAAGUCCCUGUGCGACUCCAUCUCCCCCAGCGGCAGCAGCGAGAGCCUCAGCACCUCCACCAGCAUCUCCUCGCAAAUCUCCUCCACCACCUUCGAGAGCGCCGUCACCUCCAGCGAAAGCAGCGGCUACGACUCGGCGGAUAUCCAGAGCCUCGUGGACCGGGAGAAGGAGUUGGCGACCAAGUGCCUGCGGCUUCUCAUGCACACCUUUAACCGGGAACUGAACCAAGUGUACAACAGCAUCAGUGACAGCAAGCUGUCAGAUGUUGUGUCUCCCCUUGGCCGUGAUGCCUCCAUGUCCAGUUUCAGCAGCACCACUCUCACCCCCUCAUCCACCUGCCCUUCGCUUGCCGACUCCAGGUGCAACUCCAUUGAUCAAAAGACACCCGAGGCCAACUCCAGAUCCUCUAGCCCUUGUAUAGAGUUUGAAGGAUUCCCGAUAGUGUCUCGUGUGGAGACCUCGUACCUGGCCAGGGCAGGGAAGAACGAAUUCCUCAACCUGCUUCCCGAUAUCGAAGAGAUCAGGACUGGCCCCGUGGUGUCAAAGAAGGGAUACCUACACUUCAUGGAACCCCAGUCUAAUUCCUGGGUGAAACAUUAUGUGGUUAUCCAUCGCCCUUACGUGUUCAUCUACAACAGCGAUAAGGACCCUGUGGAGAGAGGGAUUCUCAACCUAUCCACGGCUCAGGUGGAGUUCAGCGAGGAUCAGCAGGCAAUGCUCAAGACACCUAAUACGUUUGCGGUGUGCACAAAACACCGUGGAAUACUACUGCAGGCAUGCAACGACAAAGAUAUGUAUGAUUGGUUGUACGCUUUCAAUCCUCUGCUGGCCGGCUCAAUCAGAUCGAAACUCGCUCGAAGACGAUCAGGGCAGCUGAAGAUGUAAACGGAGAGUCUUUCGUGGAAUGCAAGAAAACAAAGUAGUUCUUCUGGCCUUGUCUUUGAACAUACAAGUGUUGCUAUUAAUAACCUUUGUGAUUCUU